GGCAUGGCGGCCUACCUAAUGUAUAAUGUUGUCGCCGAACUAAAGAACUACUACAGCUAUCCAAAGAUGACGGGAUUCAGCAUUGAAAUAAAAGAUGAGAUGGAAUUCCCUGCUGUCACCAUAUGUAACCAGUGUCCACUCAACGCUACUGCGCUGGGAAUGGACCCGGUUAUGACUAACUUCUUUCUAUCCAAAACCCAAUUGAAAUACUUUUCUACGCCAAUCGACUGGAACAACACGACGAAGUAUGGCGACUUCUACACCACUGAACAUUCUGUCGAUUGGUGGAGAGAAAAGUCUGGUAAAUUUGAUCAGCUGGCCAGGAUGUGUACGUUCCAUGGCAAAAGUAUGCCCUGCUCGGAGAUAUUUAAACCUGUGUUCACCGAGAUGGGGCUGUGUUACACGUUCAAUGGCAAUGCCAACAACAAACGGAACGUGUCUCUGUCAGGAGCCGACAAUAACUUGGUAGUCAUACUUGCUGUUGAACAAGACCAAUAUGUGUAUAACGAACAGAUGUCUGCUGGGUACAAGAUUCUGCUGCAUGACCCAGAAGAUCACCCAGACUCGGUAACAACUGGAAUCCUGGCUGCUCCUGGAUUUUCUACAUACGUGUCUAUGACGAAAACAUCGUUCAAGUUAUUGCCGUCCCCAUUCAAGGCGUUUGGUGGAUCCGAGUGCAUUGACACGACGUCGGCAUCUUUCAAGAACACGCUGAAGUACCACAAACACUACACCUACGAACACUGCCUCCUAGAGUGCGCUGCUGAUUUCCUCUUUGAGCAAUGCGGCUGUGUCAUGCCCAAUGACCCACCGCUUGGACCAAUCUGCUCCUUGAAGGAUCAGUCUGAAUGUUACAUACCUUGGCUUAGCUUUACUCGAACAAAUGCGACUGCCCAAGCCACCUGCCGGUGUAAUAAGGUUUGCAGUUACUCCAAAUACAGCGUCCAAGUGUCCACGGCAGGUUUCCCAUCUCUUCUGUGGAAUCGGCUACUUGUCUCCGAAAAAAUGGUGCCAAAUGGAGAAUACGCAAAAAAUAAUGCAUUGGAAUUGCGGAUUUUCUACGAUCAGAUGAUGAUUGAAACGGUGGAACAGGUUCCUGUAUACAAAACAGCUACAAUAGUUGCAAACCUCGGCGGUCAGAUGGGCAUUUGUCUUGGAGCCAGCAUCUUGACCUUAACAGAGCUGGGCGAAUUUUUCCUGUUUUUAUUUUUGUACAUAUUCCACUGUUUCAAACCAAUGAACGAUGUGAAAAAGAUCUCCAAUCAAUAAACCAAUGGUGGUUCCAGCGUAAAAUUGAGCAGAGGUCACAACGAGGCUGUCAAGCUAGCGAUGGAGAAAUGGGUGGUGGUGUCAUGGGCGUACGGGGUCCUAUUUUUGUAAGGGGGGGGGGGGGGGGGGGGAGAGGCCGAUUUUUGCCCGAAUUAAACAAAAGUGCCCGAAACAUUUAUUCAUAUUAUUAUUGCUGUCAUACAGCUAUAUAGAGUUAGAAACGAAUCGCCACGCAUUUUCACAUGGAUUACAAUCAAUAUUGUAGAAUGAUAAGAAUACAUAGUGAAAAGUGUUCAGGCCAGCUCAUUUUACUCGACUUUCUCUAUUGUUUUUGCCCGAAUUUGAGAAUUUUCUCCAGGACUGGUGGUAGCGGUGGUGGGGUGGUAAUUUAGCAAUGUUUUAAAUAGUGUCAUAGAUGGCACGGACGAAUGCAAUAUUUGCAAGGUAGUGGGUACAACGCUUAAAAGGGCAUCUGCAGUAUUCAAAAGUAAACUACCAUGUAUUAUUGGCAUAGUAAUCAUGCAAAGAACUAUUAAGCUGAACAUUGCAAACAUGGUCCCCGCUAAAACCCAACAAAUGCAUUAUUUUCAUCUGUAAACAUUGAAUUUUUCGGGACACUUCCAAUUUAGAGGGGGGGGGGAGGGGGGGGCACUCUAACACCCUCCUCUUGGAUCCACGCUUGCAGUCCUUCUACUUAAAUUGAUAGAAUCAAAUUGAAAUGAACUGAAUUGAAUUAACAGAACAGAACAGAACUUUAUUUACUCUCAUGGCUCCCAUUCGGUGGCAUCAGAGGAACAUAAAUAAUAAUAAACAUACAAAUUGUCAAGAUGAUUUCAGAAACAUAUAUACCACGAUACAAACAGAUGAGCAGCUAAAUAUUAAAAACAGUUAAAAUUACACGUAAGUCAAGAAGCACAAAAUUGUUUGUUAAUAAUUGAUAUAAGAACACUAAUACGUUUUGAGCUGAAGAGUUGCUGGAAUUUGUAUAUACUUGGUCUAUUUACAUAGUAUUUUAAUCUUUCUUGUCUAAAUGCUUUGCAUAUAAAUAGAUAAUGAAAUUCAUCUCCAACAAUAUUGCUAUUACAAAGCGUAGUUUCUAUUUAUCCACCUCCCCUUUUCAACUGGUAAAAAGUGAUUUGAAAUUCUAAAUCGCGAUCCAGAAUGUUAAAAUAUGAUUCUAGUUCCAAUUUUUCUUUAAAUAUUAUAUAAGUAGUUCCUUUGCUG